GAUUAAGCGAACGACUUGCUCAAUCCGAACCACAUCUUACGCCUGAUUUCCUAACAGAAUUUUUUGUAGGAUUUAACAAAUCAUCCACACAAUUGAAACAUUUAUGUCUUCAGUAUGUGACACCAUGGUUAUUAAAUUUGGCUCAUUUCAGUCGUAAUGAUCAAAAAAAUAUUGAAAAAACUCGGGAACUUAUCAGAAAUUUAAUAGAAUUAACCGUAAAAGAGACAGAGAUGUAUGCAUCUAUACAAUCUAAAGUGUGGAAUACUCUAGGAAAAGUUGAUGAAAUUUCUAAUUUAAUAAUUGAAGAAUUCGUUCAUUAUGCGGUAAUUCAUGGAAUAAAUUCACCACAAUCAGAGAUUGUGUCUAAUACAAUAGUUACCCUAUCUUCAGUGAAUAUUCGUGGCAAAAUUAUAGCUAAAUUACGAAAAGUAAUAUCAAGAACAUCCUUAAAAUCUACCAGAACUCUCACUGAUAAUCAAUCAUGGCCUGAAAUUGCUGUAUUAAUCAGAUUUAAUUUGAUGCUUUCAUUUAAUAAUCGAAAUGUUCAACUUUACCUUCCGGAACUAUUUUACGUAAUUUCUAUAUUAGUGGCCACUGGACCUCCAUUGAUACGAGCAUCUAUUCAUGGGUUAAUAGUAAAUUUGGUUCAAUCAUUGUGUACUUCAAUGCCAUUAAGUGAAUCAAGUAUUAAAAGAUUAACUUUAUUAUUGACGGAAUUGUCUGAACCAAAUUUUCGAUACUUCUUUGGAUUAAAUAAUGUUCCUGGUAAUGCAUUUGUAAUCACUCCCGAGUCAACUCGCGAUUUACCAGAUACUAUGCCACUUGCUUCACUAGAAAAGAUAGUUCAAGCAUUAUUGGAAGUUAUGGUUUGUGGUGCCGGAUCAGUUGACAUGUCAAACGCAUGGAGAGCUCGUUGGGUGGGACUUGUGGCCAGUACAGCUUUCCAAUAUAAUCCUGCAAUACAACCAAGGGCAUUCGUGACACUUGGUUGUUUGGCACGUGACGAAGUCAAUGAUGAUGAUUUACUAUAUCAAAUAUUGGUAGCUUUAACAGGAGCAUUAUCACAUUUUACAGAGAAUGACUGUGCUCUCAUAAUAAGUAUUAUAAUGUGUUUGACGAACAUUGUAGAAAAUUUGCCAGCCGAAAGUCGAUAUUUACAACCAAUGUUUUGGUUAGCCAUAUCUCUUGUACAAAUAGGACAUAUCCCAGUAUUUCCAAGUGCAAUUAAUUUAUUACACGUAGUACUUAAAGCAUUAGAUUCCAAAGGUUUCUUUGGUAACGAAGACAUUGCAACAGUUUUAUUAAAAGCGAGAAGACCUUUGGAAGAUAUUUCUAUUCAAAUGGAUAAAGCCGCCGGGAUAAAUUAUGAACAUUUUUCAUUCGCAAUAGCUGCAACUUUACUAAAAGGAUUAAAGAACCCAGUGACAAAAGCUAGUACGCAAGCAGUAUUAACAACAUUUUUAGAUAUUGCAUCUAAAGGUGUAAUAAUAAAUGAGAAUAUAAUUAAUUCUUCUAUGUUAGGAUAUUUGGCAGCUUUAUUGCCUGUCUCGGCGAAAAAUGCUGAUAUGAAAGAAUUAUUAUUACAAUGUGGAAUUAAUGAUGUAGAAAUUGAUAACUCAGAAUUGGGGACAACUUAUUAUAAAAUAUUUGAGAACCUCGAAAUUCCCGAUAAUCAAACUGCAUUAUUGUUGAUAGCAUUGAUGGUUGCAAUGUUGCAAACCGCAGAACAUGAACCAGAAAGAUUGUUUCUUUACGGAUUUUUAGCAGAGGCUGCUUUGGCAAUGCAUGAAGUUUUUGCUUUAGUUUACGAUUUUUUAUUACCAAAGAUGGCCCAAAUUAUAAACAGUAGUGAAACAAUACCAAUUCUUGAUUCUGUUCAAUCAAUUUUAUAUACAGUCGUUUCAUCAGAAUCACAAUCAAUCAACAAUAAAAACAAGAUCCUCCCAGGUACAUCACGAAACCAUUUACAUUCCUAUCUAGAAGAAGUGGGAUUUCCUAAUUUGUUAGAUUGUGGAUCAUUCACAAAGGUGACAAAAGAAAGCAUGAAGAUCAAUGCCACUUACGCAAUGGAGUUACGGGGAACCAGCAAGGGUAUACCUUGUGUUAUUGGCAUUGUGGCAAAAAGGAGGAAGGGGUUAAUGGUCAGACAAGAGGAUAAUGGAGGUCCCAGAGAGAGCAAUGUUGGCCGUCACGUUCGCAUCUCUUCCUCUGGUGGUAAAACUGUAGAAAUAUCAUCAUCAAUGAAUCCACCAAAUCAGACAAAGAUGGAAGAUUUGAUUAAAUGGAUAAGAGAAAAUUUAAUUAAAACAAAACCUGAAUUGUUUAUGACUGGAAAUACAAUUCGACCAGGAAUAUUAAUUCUAAUAAAUGAUGUGGAUUGGGAAGUAGAAGGUGAAUUAGAAUAUACAAUUAAAGAUGGUGAUAACAUUCACUUUCUAUCAACCUUACAUGGAGGUUAA